AUGGCAGACGCUGAGCUUGAAGAGCUCGCCUUGCACAACUGCAGGCACAAGCAGGACGAGGUGCAGGGCCAAGUGACCGCUCGAACCUCGAUCAGAGGCGACAACAAGAAGGUACAAACCCAAAUGUCUAAAUUUUGUCUAGUCUGUCCUCACCACUCUCCCCCGCGCAGCUGCGUUGGUAAAUACAUAUUCCCACUAAAAAGCUACACUGAGAUUAAACAAAAAACACCAAACUCAUUGCAAAACUCUUUCGCAGCCGAUGCCAGUCAAGCCAUCCUUAACCAAAUCCUCCUUCCAGAAGCAGCUGACCGUCUAGGUCGGAUUAGACUGGUGAAGGAAGAGCGAGCGACAGAUAUUGAGAAGAGACUAAUCAUGCUGGCGCGAACGGGCCAGUUGCAGGCCAAGGUUACAGAAGAACAGUUGAAGGAGUUGUUGAAUGCAGUUGCAGAGAAUAAGAAAGAGGAAAAGAUCGUGAUUAAUAGGAGGAAAGAUGGAUGGGACAAUGAUGAUGAUGAUUUGUCGGAUUUGCGAAGGGGUUUCUAA